AUGGCAAAGUAUGGUUGCCCCAGAAAGUUCAUCGCCAUCGUACGACAGCUCCAUGAUGGCAUGCUGGCAAGAGUUCAGGACAACGGUGAGACCUCUGACUCAUUUCAUGUCUCAAACGGAGUGAAACAAGGCUGUGUCCUUGCUCCCACUUUGUUCAGUCUCAUGUUCUCAGCCAUGCUGACUGAUGCCUUCAGCAAUACAAACAUGGGCAUUGGCAUCAGGUACAGGACUGAUGGCUCUGUCUUCAACCUUAGGAGGCUUAAAGCAAAAACCAAAGUCUCAACUGACACUAUCAAUGACUUCCUGUUUGCUGAUGAUUGUGCCCUCAAUGCUUCCACAGAGGCUGACAUGCAGCAUAGUGUUGACAAGUUCUCUGAGGCCUGCAACAACUUCGGCCUUACAAUCAGCACAAAGAAGACUGAAGUAUUACAUCAACCAGCUCCAGGAAAGCCUUACGUUGAACCCAACAUCACAAUAAGCGGACAACGUCUAAAUGUGGUGGACAAGUUCACAUACCUCGGCAGUACACUCUCAAGAAACGUUGUCAUUGACGAUGAAGUUAAUGCCAGACUUGCUAAGGCAAGUGCUGCCUUUGGCAGACUAUACAAGAACGUUUGGAACAGGAGAGGAAUCUCAACGACAACCAAGAUCAAGGUGUACAGGGCCAUGGUUCUUACCACAUUGCUGUACGGCUGUGAAACAUGGACAGUAUAUCGGCGCCAUGCCAGGAAGUUGAACCAUUUCCACACCACCUGUCUGAGAGAGCUUCUUGGCAUCAAGUGGCAAGACAGGAUACCAGACACUGAGGUCCUCACUCGUGCGAACCUGCCCAGCAUUUACACCGUCCUGAUGCAGUCUCAGCUCCGGUGGGCAGGACAUGUAGUUCGCAUGCCGGACGAACGUCUUCCAAAGAAACUUCUGUUUGGCGAGCUCCAGGAAGGAAGACGCUCUCAUGGAGGCCCAAAGAAGCGCUUCAAAGACACACUAAAAGAAUCACUUAAGUCUUUUAACAUCAACCAUGACACAUGGGAACAGAAAGCCCAAGACAGAGGAGCAUGGCAAACAGCUGUACAUAAGGGUGCUGAAGCAUAUGAGGCCAAUAGGACCGUAGUGGCCGUAGCCCGCAGGCAGGCCAGGAAGGCAAGGACCGCCAACCCUGUAGCAGCAGCCAAUAUUCCCUGUCCACACUGCCAGAGACUAUUUAGGGCACAGAUUGGCCUGACUAGCCAUCUGCGGACCCAUCAAGCUAAUGAUUAA